CCCCAAACAAAUAUGGCGCCGCCAGCUCCCAGCAAUCAUGUUCCCAAUGCGACCCUUUUUGCGCUCAUUCCGCUGUUCUUCGGGGCGAUUUGCAGCGCCACUUCGGGCGUUUGGUGGCCCCUGGUGUUGGUGACGGUUGUUGGCCUCGCUGCCGCGCUUUGUUGGCUGUUGCGGCGGCCGGACGGUGGUGCCGAGCGGCGGGUGUGCGUGUUGGUUCUCGGGGACAUCGGCCGUAGUCCCCGGAUGCAGUAUCACUCGCUGUCGCUCAGUAAACAUGGAUAUGAAGUUACUUUUGUGGGCUAUUUCGACAGCAAGCCUCACCAAGACGUGUUGAGGGAGGAUAGGAUUCACAUCUUCCCAAUUGCGGAAGUGAAAGGCCUCAGAGGUGGACCGAAGAUUUUGACAUACGUGACCAAAGUGAGCGUUCAGUUUGCGCAGGUUCUUGCGGUGCUUCUGAUGCUCAAGCCACAUGGUCACAUACUCAUGCAGAAUCCUCCAGGUUUGCCGGGCAUGGCGUCAGCGUGGCUGGCGUGUGUCCUGCGUGGCAGCCGCUUGGUCAUUGACUGGCACAACUACGGCUACACCAUCCUGGCGCUCCAGCACGGCCACUCGCACCCGCUGGUGCGCCUGGCAAAGUGGUACGAGCAUGUCUUUGGUCCUCUGGCAUCUCAGCACUUGUGUGUGACCAACGCCAUGAAGGAAGACCUGCACAGGAACUGGGGCAUCAAAGCAACCACUCUCUAUGACAGACCGGCGGCCAUCUUCAGAGAGACGCCGCUAGAGACACGGCAUGACCUUUUUGUGAAGCUUUCGCACACGCUUCCUGCUUUUUGUCAUGGCAGCGGUAAUGAUGUCAAUGUCAUGGAGAAGACCGUCUUCUCCCAGCGAGGCAUGGACAAGAACACUGUGACCUUGAGAGCUGAUCGACCCGCCCUACUGAUCAGCAGCACCAGCUGGACGGAGGAUGAAGACUUCUCCAUCCUCCUGCAGGCUCUUCAAGAAUACGAAGAUUUCAUCUUAACGGGAGAAACUCUGCCGCCACUCAUCUGCGUCAUCACAGGGAAAGGUCCUCAGAAGGAACACUACAAGAAGAUGAUUGACAGUCUGCAUUUGAAGCAUGUGAAGAUCUGUACACCCUGGCUAGCGCCAGAAGACUAUCCUGUCUUAUUAGGUUGUGCUGACCUCGGCGUGUGUCUGCACAUGUCUUCCAGUGGUCUGGACCUGCCGAUGAAAGUGGUGGACAUGUUCGGAUGCUGUUUGCCCGUCUGCGCUGUCCACUUCUUGUGCCUAAAAGAGCUGGUGAAGCACGAGCACAACGGUCUGAUCUUCUCAGAUGCCACACAGUUGGCCCAGCAGCUCAAGACUCUCCUGUCAGACUUUCCAAGCAGCGACAGCAAAUUGUGCGAAUUCAGGAAGAACCUCCAUGCCAGCAAGGGGAAGCGCUGGGAGGACAACUGGGACCAACAUGUCCUCCCGCUCUUAUCCUCAUCCACGUCUUCUUUUUCGUGA